GCUGGAGACGCACAGGCAACGGAUGCGGCAGGGGAGGGCAGGAUGCACUUGUCUGCUCAUCACUGAUAUUGAUCCUUCAGCAUAGAGAAGGAGCCGCAUGGGGCUGUAGAAACCUUAUUGUGUGUCUAAAAAGGUUACCAUCUGUUGGUGGAGCCACUAAGCUAUCGGUCAUACAUCAUGUGGCCUCUCACACCAUUGACCAGACAUGCAGUUCCGGGGAGUGCUUUCGCUGCUCUGAUCCAGAGGGCAGUUAUGCACCCAGAGUCUUUUGGUGUGGCCGCCAGAUCUUUCUUCAGCACCUUCUCCCCCUCCCACACACCCCCUUCCUCUUUCGCUCAGAGCAUCCGCCGCCUCCACCUUCCCUCUCCCUCUCACAUAUCAUCACCUCCCUCUUCCAACACCGGCUCGCUGCUGUCCUCCUUACAAGCACGGCAGCUUUUCCACAGCAGCGCAAACACCUCCUCCCACAAUUUGAGACCUCCCUUUCCCAAUGCUCCUCACACCCCCUUCUCUGGGGCGCCUUUCUUGAACCCCCGGGGUACCACAAGGUUCUUCGCUGCUGCGCCCCGGCGCGCCGACGGACACGUUGACAUCGCGGCAAAGGCGCGCGCGCGCCAGGCGCAGAAGCUGUGGCGGCUCGUUGGGGGGGGCGCGGUGGUGGCAGCGUUUGGGGCGUUCGUGCUGAAUGCGUUCCAGGAGAACCUCGUCUUCUACAUUACGCCCACUCAGGCCAUGGCGACCCUCUCCGAGCAAGGCGUUGUCCCCGACGCAAAGCGCCGCCUGCGCCUCGGCGGGCUUGUCCUCGACGGCAGCGUGCGCCACUUCCGCCACUCGACGGAGAUGGAGUUCGUGGUAACCGAUCUCGCGACGGAGCUCGUCGUGCGUUACCGGGGGGCACUCCCCGACCUGUUCCGGGAGGGGCAUUCCGUUGUGGUGGAGGGGUUUCUACGAUCGGGGGAACCGGAAAGCCCGGGGGAAGCGGUCACCGGGCAGCUGAAGGCCGCGGACCCGAGCAUUUUGAAGCAGACGGGGCUCGGGAUGGAGGGGCAGACGGCCGGGGGGGAGCGCGUGGGGGGGUGCCAUUUCGCGGCGACGGAGGUACUGGCAAAGCACGACGAGAAAUACAUGCCUAAGGAGGUCGCAGCGGUAGUGGCAGCGAACAAGGCGGCGAUCGCCACCGAAAAGGGCCUUACGCCUGCCCUGGCGCAGAUGGAAGAGCGGCCGAAGAAGCCGUCGAAGCAGAAGCUGGGUCAGCAACCUUUGCAGGUUCAGCAGUACGAGCUGAAGUCGUAACCACCGCUGAGCUGCCUUUCGAUGUGACAGUCUUGGUCGGUUGAUUCAUAGAUGCUCAUGGAAGACUGGCUGUCUGAUUUUUGCUGCAAUGCUAUUCAGAUGCAACUGACAGGCUUGACAUCAGUACCUUAGAAGAGAACCUAUCAGAAGCUGAGGAACGGUCAAUACGAAGGGCCAAGAACUUCCAUGUUAUCAUUUUGAUUGGCACAAACCCGCGUCUGGAUGGAUGCAAUGCAAUGACCU